CCCGUGAUCGCGGAUCGCAUCACACACCUGCAGAAAAUCGACGAAACUGUGCCAUUACGAUGGCGUCUGAAGAUAACUGCAAGGAACGGCAGAAUGAACCUCAAUCAGAUUCUACGCCGGUAAUAAGUAGCCCAUCCGAACUACCAACUAACGAUCAAGCUAGUGAACUUGUUGCUGGAAAUACCAAUUACAUUCAAGUUCGAAGAAGUAGCACCAACAAUGCGGCAGUACAACAAGAAACUCCAAACCAAGACUCUUCUGCAGGUCAUGAUAGAAGAGUACCGGUCGUUACAAUUGAAUCUGGACCUCCUCAACCACCAGGUAUAAAUGCAUGACAGUAUCUCAACCACCAGGUAUAAAGUAUAAAAUUGGCAAUGGUUUAACAGAAAGCAACUACUAAUUGUCUUUUUUUCUCUCUCUGUCUUUAAUUUUCAGUUUCAACCAAGAGCCAGCAACCUGAUUUCCAUGGUAAUAGAAGCAGCGAGAGCCCUACGAAAAGCCAAAGCCAAAUACAGCCAUACCCUUAUUAUGAUUUACCCAAUUUGCUUAAAGCAAACCCAGGCAAGACUGGUCUUGUUUUCCUUAGUGCCUGUACUGGGACGCCAGGUACAGAAGAUUACAUUGAGAACUGCACCGCCAUUCAGAAAAUGAGAUACUGCCUCGAAACUCAGCUUGGUUAUCUAACUGUCGUUGUGGGAGAGAACGUAACGAAAUCCCAUAUUCUUUACCUCUUCAACCAAGUAAAGACGGUGAUCCUACCUGAUAGUUAUUCCCGUGUGAUAUUCUAUCACUUCGGUCAUGGAGACGAUGAGACGAUCCUUGUUGCUGACGGAAAAUUUAUUAGCCGAAGUGACAUCAUCUCCUGCUUUCAGUCAAUUCGUUCAGAAAAUUUAAAUGUUUUUAAGAUUUUCAUCUUUGACUGCUGCCGCUUAGUUAGUAGUUGCACCGUAGAAUCGGUCGAUGGUCACAAGCGCUGGAUUGCGGCAGGGCAGUAUCCCCAGUCAACCAACACCCUCGUGGUCAAUUCUACUGCUUGUAACCUGAAGGCGUACUACGACGUGAAAACUGGAUGCGGACUUAUGACCUAUUGUUUCGUAAAAUUUGCACCCACAAAUAAUGAAUCGCUCCGUGACCUGCUAGUAACCGUACGUUCUGCGGUUGUCAAAAUGAUUGAGCAAGAGCAUCUCACUCAAAUGCUCGUGUAUGAAGAUAAGCUAAUGGGAAAGUGUAAUCUUCUUGCCGAGAGCCAGGGAAUUGCUCGAAUUUUUCCAACCAGCGUACAUGCCAGCUCUUCAGUCCUUUCUACAAAUAUUCAUCUUACAUUUGAUGCAACAGUGGAGCCGCGUGUCGCUGAGUUCAUUGUCGAAGUCUCCUCUGACGAAUUCUAUCAAGAUAUAAUUUCUAACCCCAUACCUCCCAAUGAGCUAAUGGCUACUGUCACUGGUCUUGUUCCCUAACACAGAAUACACGGCAAGAGUUUUUGCAGUAUACAAGGAUGGGGUGAUGGCCAGAAGUGGAUUUUGCACCUUUACUACGCCACGUCGCACGUCACCAUCAAACAUUGUGGUCAUGCAGCAGUAUCCUGGUUCUCCCAGCGCACAUGUAACAUGGAAGUACAGUGCAGCACUGUCAGACCUCGAUCGUUUUGAAGUGGCCAUGAAAGCAGAUGAGGAGCUUUUGUUCUUCCAAAAAGUCACCAAUGACCGAUUAGCGACAACAGUGGGGCGAUUGCUACCGCUGAAGAAACAUGUUAUAACUGUCUUUGCUGUUUAUCGGGAUGGCCAGAAAACAGAAAAUAGUGUGGAAUAUAACCAUACAGAUCUCCCUUCUCCAGAGGAAUUAAAAUUUAUCCCAGAAUACAGUGGGUCGCCAAAAGCCACAUUGACAUGGUCCUUUCCUCAUCCAAAAAAGGAUCUCUCGUACUUCAGAGUCACUGCAGAAGUGGAGGGCAAGGGAAGUGUCUUUGACGAGAGGGUCACCAAAGAGGAAAACCAACACCAGCUCAGGAAUCUGCGUCCCUCUGAAAAACAUAAGUUGUCAGUGGUUGCUGUCUAUAAAGAAGGUGAUGAAAAGUGUUGCAACAUAGAAAUUCAUCACACAGAUCGAAGCUCUCCGACAAAGCUUGAAGUCAUGCAAGAAAUCUCUGGUUCCAAUGAAGCGCAAGUUAAAUGGGAAUUUCCCGAUAACUGCACUCCACUACUGUCAGAUUUCUUCGUUCAUGUGAUAGCAGAAGAUAACCAGGAAAUAGUCGAGGAAAUGAAAGUUGCAUCAUCAGCAAAGCAGUACAAGAUUUUCAACCUGCAACCUUCAACUCAAUACAGAGUUACUGUCACUGCUCGGUACAACGAUGGAUUUGAAAGAGAUGCAAUGAAGGAACAUCUUAAUUGUGAGUUGCAGGCUGCUGAUCUUCAAAAUGUAACAUUGACUAAACUUAGGAACCGGGACUCAAAAUCUGUGUACAGAAUUGACUGGUCAUAUGAAAACGACAAUCCUCUACUAAAUGUCAAGUCUUUCGAAGUCCAGGCCACACGAACUGAUCCAGAGAGAAGUGAGCUUCCAGUCCCGUUUGCUGUCACUAAUCCGAACCUGCGAAGUAUGGAGAUUGAGCUAGCGGGAGGGGCCACCUACUCCAUUUGUGUCGAGACCCAUUUUGUUAGCAAGGGACUUCGGCCCAAGAAAAGCAAAGACAUACAAAUCACCACUCCACCUGAUAAUGAUGUGAAACCAAUGAUCGAUGUUCCAGAGGAGAACGUACAGCAAAAUUUAGCUACUGCAAUCAUCAGUGAACCCCUAAUACUACAGAAAGGAGAGAGUUAUGCUUGCGAAGGCCUUAGGCUUGUGGGUAUCAAGUAUUUAGUAAAAGAGGUACCGCAGCAUGACGGAGGUGAUAGUAGGGAAGAAGAAACUUUUAAAAACUUUAAAGAGCCAUAUUCACCAAAUAGCAACACACGGUCUCAUAAUCAGCCUCAAUCGAAGGCUAUACCCGACCUUAAAGCUGGUACGAAUCAUUUAAUCAGGCUGAGAGCUGAAUACAGCACUGGCGACUGUAUAGAGAGUGACCCAAUCCGUUUCUACACCCAGCCUUACACUGAUAUUCAGAAAUGCCGUUGUUGUUCUAUAUACAUCAGCGUUUUCGCCUUUCUAACACUUGUACUUCUCUCUUCUCUUUUCAUUUGUGGUUCGUUCGGUGCAUACCGCAUUGUGCUUCACCGUAGCACCACCUGCUCCACUGACUACGUCCUAACGUAUGACAGCGUGGAUUGCGGAGAAGCAAACUCUUUGUACUAUGGAACUAUACAACUGAGCGGAAAUCAACAAAAAGGCGACACACUUCUUGGGGUCAUCCAAGCUUGGUUAGUAAAAAAAACCGAUUUAGUCUUCUAUUCAAAGCUACAGCCCCCAGUCCUAGAUUCGGGAAAUUUUAGCGCACGCCAACAGAUUCUUCUACGAGGAUGGCAAAUUUACACGUGGACUGGUUCAGUGAUAUACGGCUACUGCUGCAUCGUCAACAACGGGAUCGGUGACGUGACUGCAAAGUUUUACAUGUUCACUUCGGAUAAAGACGCCGUAAACUUCGCUAACGGUCAAGGAGCAGAAAAUUCAAUACUUCACGACAGCAUACAAAUCCCUCCCAGUAAACAGCAGUGCUUCCACGGCUGGGGAGCUGAAAGACCAUUCACCGUUUCCCAGAGUGCGUAUCACUUCAUCGGAGUCGAUAUUCCAGGAAACACAACAUUUUACUCAAACAUCACGAUUCUUCAGAAAUACGUUAAUGGGAGUGACUAUGGUACGACACAUUUCUUCCAGUAUGACAAUUCGACAGAUUUUUCACUACCCGGGGAACUUUUCUCUCAUGAUGAAUACGUAACAAUCUGUAAGGCACCACUUUAUCUCAGAACGACGACACCUGAAAUUGUAUCAACAACUUUGUCUGCACGCCUAAUGAAGGAUGAAUCACUUGCGUCAAGAGUGGGAUCUGAAAGCCUGCAUCUGACAUCGUGUAACGAGCCACACCACUGGGUGGAUAAAGUAUUCCCUUGGACGCUUGCUGCAGGUUUACCUGUAUUUGUACUUUCUAUAAUAUCUUUCUCUGCUGUGUGUUUUCGUAUGUGUAAAUAUCACAAGGAUAGGCUUUUUCUUUCCUGUGUGUUUUCUACUAGGCUACACAAUGGAUAUGAUUCUAUACAGUAAUCGUGCUUUAUGUGUGGAUAUAAUAUAUAUUUCCCACCACCAUGUUGAAGCGCAUGCGCUGAACGGCGCCAUCUAGACAAUGGGUGGAAACUGCUUGUCUCGACAGCGGCGGCGUAUGUCAGGGACAGCGUCUCCACUAACAAAGAGCGACACACCGACGGGAGUAACAGGUCUCUCGAAGUCACCCGUUGCCAAGGUGCAACAUUCAGCCACAGGGAGCGAUGGCGACAGCGGAGCGAAUCCUGACAUGGUGGCUGUAAUCCUGCAAUGCUCGUGUAACCUCGGCAACAUCCACGACGAGCACUUAGAGCAGCUUCUUACAAGUUUGUACGAAGAUUCGAAGAGCUUUCAGUGGACUCUGAGUGCACAUUUCCUUAAUGGUUCAGAUGGGUCUGACCACAAGUGCUUUUGUAUCACAAAACCCAUGUCAGGAUCACAGUGGCCUUGGGGUGUCACCGAGCCAACUAACACAGUUCUAAUUGAGCUCUGGAUUCAGUCAACUAGUGCAAGUACAACACCACACGAAGUGAAGGACUAUGUGUCAGAUGCGGUGGGAUUAUGGAUCAGUGACACCCUGGAAUGCUCAGACAAAGUCUGGGUAAUGUGCAGAUACUCAGCUCCUCUUGGUCAGAAUGGAGCUAUUGAGAAAGUGGCUGGCAAGGGAUACCAGAAUGGACAAUCAGUGUAGUCACUUGGGAUCCAAGUGUGAAAACAGAUAUCAUUGAAACUGUACACAAAUUUUAAACC